AUGUCCGGAUUUCUGGAAAACGCGUAUAGUCUCGUCCACCAGGACAAUGCGGCAGACGUGCCCUCUGUCUCUGAUCUGCGCAUGCAGCUGGAAAAGGGCACAGACGAGAGCAAGGUCGACACAAUGAAGCGCAUCCUGACAAUCAUGCUCAACGGCGACUCCAUGCCGACACUCCUUAUGCACAUUAUUCGAUUCGUCAUGCCGUCCAAGUACAAGCCCCUCAAGAAGCUUCUGUACUUUUACUACGAAAUUUGUCCCAAGCUAGACUCUUCCGGCAAGCUCAAGCAAGAAAUGAUUCUUGUCUGCAACGGUAUUCGCAAUGACUUGCAGCAUGCCAACGAGUACAUUCGAGGCAACACUUUGCGAUUCCUCUGCAAGCUGCGCGAGCCCGAACUUAUCGAGCCCCUGCUCUCGUCUGCACGAUCCUGCCUCGAGCACCGCCAUGCAUAUGUUCGCAAAAACGCCGUCUUUGCCGUCUCGUCGAUAUACCUGCACUCGCCCUCCCUCAUUCCCGAUGCCGCAGACCUGAUCUCUGCUUUCCUCAGCGGCGAGACGGACGCUACCUGCAAGCGCAACGCAUUUGCUGCACUAUCCAGCAUUGAUCACGACGCUGCGCUUGUGUACCUCAGCUCCGUCUUUGACGGUAUUCCGAACGCUGACGAUCUGCUGCAGCUUGUUGAGCUGGAGUUCAUUCGCAAGGAUGCUGUUCAGAACUCACAGAACAAGGCGCGCUACCUCCGACUCAUUUUCGACCUUCUCGAAGCAAACGCGUCUACUGUCGUCUACGAAGCGGCAUCGUCACUGACCGCACUUACAAACAACCCCGUCGCUGUCAAGGCUGCUGCCGGCAAAUUUAUCGAACUCAGUAUCAAGGAGUCCGACAACAAUGUCAAGCUCAUCGUACUCGACCGCGUUGACCAGCUGCGCAAGAAGAAUGAAGGGAUUCUGGACGACCUUGUCAUGGAGAUUCUCCGAGUUCUCUCCAGUACCGAUAUUGAUGUGCGCAAAAAGGCCCUAGAGAUUGCCCUCGAGAUGGUCUCCAGCAAGAACGUCGAGGAGGUCGUCCUGCUUCUCAAGAAGGAACUUUCCAAGACGGUCGACCAAGAGUACGAAAAGAACGCCGAGUACCGGUCGCUCCUCAUCCACUCGAUUCACCAGUGCGCCAUCAAAUUCUCCGAAGUGGCCGCCAGCGUUGUCGAGCUGCUCAUGGACUUCAUUAGCGACUUUAACAACGCGUCCGCUGUCGAUGUCAUCAACUUUGUGAAGGAGGUAGUCGAGAAGUUUCCCGCUUUGCGCACCAUUAUUGUCGAGAGACUUGUCUCGACAUUGAGCGAGGUCCGUGCCGGCAAGGUCUACAGAGGUAUCCUGUGGAUAAUUGGCGAAUAUUCGCUGGAAGAAAAGGAUAUUCGCGAUGCCUGGCGCCGUAUCCGUGCUAGUCUUGGCGAGAUCCCCAUCCUAGCCUCUGAGCAGCGCCUGCUGGAGGAGCAGGAUGGCGACGAAAAGGAAUCGCAGCAGCCAAAUGGAGAAUCGAAGGCUGCGGCACCCACCGGAUCCCGCAAGGUCCUCGCCGACGGAACCUAUGCUACCGAAACUGCUCUCACCAGCCAGUCCUCCGCCGCGGCGAAGCUAGAAGCAGUCAAGGCCGCCCAGAAGCCGCCUCUGCGCCAACUCAUUCUGGAUGGCGACUAUUACUUGGCUACAGUGCUCUCUUCCACCCUGGUCAAGCUUGUCAUGCGCCACUCGGAGACGUCCUCUGAGAAGUCCCGCACGAACGCCCUGCGUGCCGAGGCCAUGCUCAUUAUGAUUUCCAUCCUUCGUGUGGGCCAGUCACAAUUUGUCAAAGCACCCAUUGACGAAGACUCUGUUGAUCGUAUCAUGUCCUGCGUGAGAUCGCUGGCCGAAUUCUCCGAAAAGAAAGACCUGGAAGCCGUCUGGCUUGACGACACCAAGAAGGCGUUCAAGGCCAUGGUCCAAGUUGAGGAGAAGAAGCGCGCCGCCAAGGAAGCGCAUGAAAAGGCAAAGUCUGCCGUCCAAGUCGACGACGUUAUUCAGAUUCGCCAGCUGGCCAAGAAGAAUGCCACUGAUGGCCUUGAUGAGAUCGAGGUUGAUCUGGAGCGUGCCACAGGUGGCGAUGCCACAGCAGAGGAUCUGUCGUCGAAACUCAGCCGUGUCGUCCAGCUCACUGGCUUUUCGGAUCCUGUCUACGCCGAAGCGUACGUCAAGGUGCACCAAUUUGACAUUGUCCUCGAUGUUCUCCUGGUGAACCAGACCACCGAGACUCUGCAGAACCUCUCUGUUGAGUUUGCCACUCUGGGUGACCUCAAGGUUGUUGAGCGACCAACCACGCAGAAUCUGGGACCCCAUGAUUUCCACAACGUCCAAUGUACCAUCAAGGUAUCGUCUACGGACACUGGUGUCAUCUUCGGCAACGUCGUCUACGACGGCGCCCACUCCACAGAUACCAAUGUGGUCAUCUUGAAUGACCUGCACGUCGACAUCAUGGACUACAUUCAACCCGCCACCUGCACAGAGACGCAGUUCCGCACAAUGUGGACAGAGUUUGAGUGGGAGAACAAGGUCAACAUCAACUCCAAGGCAAAAACGCUGCGCGAAUUCCUGGAUCAGCUGAUGGCUUGCACCAACAUGAACUGCCUCACACCCGAGGCAAGCUUGAAGGGUGACUGCCAGUUUUUGAGUGCGAAUUUAUAUGCUCGCAGUGUAUUUGGAGAGGAUGCGUUGGCCAACUUGAGCAUCGAAAAGGAGGGAGAUGAUGGCCCCAUCACUGGAUUCGUGCGUAUAAGAAGCAGGUCGCAGGGCCUGGCGCUCAGCCUGGGCUCCCUGAAGGGUCUAAACAAAAUUGGCUCGUCUUAG